AUGCCUUUAUUUGCCGUGUUCAUGGUGGCCGCACCACCUUUUCUACCCUGUCCUGCAUUUGACGAAACACAACGUAAGGCCUUGCUUGAAGAACGCCUCAAAGCCGCAAAAUUAGCAGAAAAUGAUAGGAAAAAGGUGGUGGUAAUGGCAAAAAAUCAAAAAUUUGUCGCGGUAAUUUCUCCAGAAGUUGGUGGAGACCACGAAUGA